AUGAAUGGAAUGGCAUCAAGACCAUCGGCUAGUACUUCUGCCAAGGGACCUUUCAUCACAAGCCCUUCAGAUGCCGACCCAUACACCUAUCAAGUCGGGUUCGGCAACACCUUCGCGACAGAGGCCAUCCCCAACGUCUUACCGCGCAGUUGCAACACACCGCAGCGCUGCAAAUACGACCUAGUCUCCGAGCAGCUGAACGGGACGCCCUUCGUAUCGCCACGGGCCUCCUUGCUGCACGCCUGGUUCUACAGGAUCAAGCCCUCCGUCGUGCAUAGACCGCUGCGGCGGCUACCAGAAAACCCAGACCUGGAAGCCGUCUUCACGCCCUCGAACCCAAACGUGGAAUUCACGCCCCAGGACCUGGGAUGGGACAAGUUCGCCCUGCCGGCAGCAGGCGACGCUGAGGUCGACUUCGUGGGCGGCCUGAAGACGAUCGGCGGCCACGGCGACCCGACGCUGAAGGAGGGCGUGGCCGUGCACAUCUACGUGGCCAACAAGUCGAUGCGGAACCGGGCGUACUGCAACAACGACGGCGACAUGCUGAUCGCGCCGCAGGAGGGCCGGCUGGACGUCCAGACCGAGUUCGGAAAGCUGAUGGUGCGGCCCGGCGAGCUGGCCGUCAUCCAGGCGGGAAUGCGGUUCCGGGUCGAGCUGCCGGACGGUGUCGGACGCGGGUACGUCCAGGAAAUCUUCGGGUGCCACUACGAGCUUCCCGAACUAGGGCCCCUGGGCUCAAAUGGCAUGGCUCUGCUGCGCGACUUCGAGAUCCCGGUCGCGAGCUUUGACCUGGAUCAGUCAAGCAAGUGGGAGGUGGUGGUGAAGCUAGUCGGCCAACUGUUCGUCUACGAGCAGGACCACACGCCCUUCGACGUGGUCGCCUGGCACGGCAACUACACGCCGUACAAAUACGCGAUGGAGAAGUUCAUCGCCUCGGCGACGGUGGACCGCGACCAGAGCGAUCCCUCGGUCUACUGUGUCCUCACGGCCAAGUCAAAGAUCACCGGCGUCGCGACCAGUGACUUCCUCGUCUUCACGCCCAAGUGGAGCGUCACGCGCAACACCUUCCGCCCGCCGUACUACCACCGCAACGUCGCGACAGAGGUCAUGGGCAUGAUGUACGGCACGUGGGCGGGCUCGGCUACGCAACUUGCGCCCGGGGGACUGACGUACGAGCCGAGUUACAUGCCACACGGCGAGUCGUACGAGCGGUGGAAGGAGGCGACGAGCGCGGACCUCCAGCCGCAGCGCAUGGGCGAGGGCGCGAUGGCAUUCAUGAUGCAUAUCUCGGCACACAUGUCCCUGACGAAGUGGGCGCUGGAGCGGAGCGGGACGUUGCAGCCCAUUCAGGAGGACCUGUGGGAGGACUUCAAGGGAGGGUUCUUCGAUAAUAUCGACCAGGUGCAGGCUGACCUUGCCGCUGCUGGACUGCCGGUGAUGGCCACCGACGGCCAUGAUAAAGCACAGGACUCAGCAGCUCCUAAGCAGAAUGGAGUGAAUGGAAUGAAUGGGGAUGAAUGGAAUUUGAUCAGAUUAGAUUACGAACAAAGCAUGAGGCAUUUCUGA